GUCAAAAUGGGUUGUACAUCGGAUUGCAUGAAGUGCAUUUUAAAUAUCUUCAAUGUUAUUUAUGGUAUAUCUGGAAUUGUUCUGAUCGUUUUCGGUGUUACCUUGUUACAAACGGCAAACAUUGUACAAUUGUACAUAAUCAUUGCCAUGGGUGCCAUUAAUUUGAUCGCUGCCAUUUUGGGUUGUUGCGGUAUUUGCCAUGAACAUGUCUGUAUGACGGCCACUUAUGCCCUCUUUAUAUUGUCCUCUUUGAUUGGUCAAAUUUACAAUAAAAUUAAACCAGCUUCCACAGAUGAAAUCAAGAAGAUCAUUCGCAGCACCAUUAAAGCCGUAUGGGAUGAGGAACUGAAGACCCCCGGUGCCAUGGAUUCUACCCAGAAAUCGCUCAAAUGUUGUGGACUUGAUGGCCCAACCGAUUAUCAAAGAAAUGGUCGCUUUGUUUUGCCAGCCAGUUGUUAUUCCGAUGAUGCUUCCACUUCGGCACAUGCAUUCUAUAAUGUCGGUUGUGUUACAGCCAGUGAGAAUAAAAUAUUCAGCUUAGCAAAAUAUCAAACAUCCAGCGAAUGGGGUGUAAUUGCUGUCACCGCCGUUUUGUUUAUCUUUUCCAUUUACUUGGUAUUCCGUUUCAACAGCCGAAACAAGCGUUAUCGUUACUAGAAAUGCCUGUUUUUUU